UCUAUCUAAUCUUUUCGAGCAUCAUCGCGACUACAAUACCUGAAUCGCACAACCACAAACAGAAACUCUCACAGGCAAUCACUGCAACAUGACUUCUCUCAAAAUCCUAACUCCACUUCUAACACUGUCAGUACUUACAGUACUCUCAGUAUAUGGCCAGUAUCAGCCCACGUGGGAAUCUCUGGAUGCAAGACCACUUCCUGCAUGGUAUGACGAUGCCAAAUUUGGUAUCUUCAUCCACUGGGGAGUAUUCUCAGUGCCAAGUCUUGGUUCAGAAUGGUUCUGGUACCUCUGGGAAAAGCGAAAGGUACCAGAAGUUGUUGACUACAUGAAGAAGAACUUCCGACCAGAUUGGACGUAUGCUGAUUUUGCUCCAAUGCUAACUGCAGAAUUCUUCGAUGCUGACGAGUGGGCUAGAAUUUUGGAAUCUUCAGGUGCCAAGUACACAGUGUUCGUGAGUAAACACUGCGAGGGUUUCUGUCACUGGCCGAGCAAUGUGUCCUUCAGCUGGAACUCAAUGGUUGCUGGGCCCAAAAGGAAUAUUGUUGCUGAGUUGGCGCAAGCAGUCCGCACCAAGACGGACUUAAGGUUCGGUCUGUACCAUGUGCUGUACGAGUGGUUCCACCCUCUCUAUCUCCAGGACAAAGAGAACAAUUUCACCACAAGGAGAUUUGUUGACUUCAAGAUCAUGCCUGAGCUGUAUGAGAUUGUGAACACCUUUGAGCCUGAUCUUGUGUGGUCUGAUGGAGAUUGGGAGGCUCCAGACACCUACUGGGGAUCCAGGGAGUUUCUGGCCUGGCUCUACAAUGACAGCCCAAUCAAGGAGAAAGUGGUGACCAAUGACCGGUGGGGUAUAGGGUGUAGCUGUACCCAUGGGGGUGUCCACACUUGUGGAGACAGAUACAAUCCUGGUGUUCUGCAGAAGCACAAGUGGGUGAAUGCCAUGACAAUAGACAAGAGGUCAUGGGGCUUCCGACGUAAUGCUCCCCUGUCAGACUACCUGACCAUAGAGGAGCUCAUCGAGACUCUAGCUAGAACCGUCAGUUGUAACGGUAAUCUACUCAUGAACAUUGGACCAACUGCCUAUGGUGUAAUCAGCCCCAUCUUUGAGGAGAGGCUGAAGCAGAUGGGCGAGUGGCUCAAGGUGAAUGGUGAAGGUAUAUAUGAAACAAGACCCUGGACCUACCAGAAUGAAACUGUGAUACCCGAAAUAUGGUACACCUCAAGGACAAAUGGACAAGAAAAAGACAUCUAUGCAACCGUCAUGAGCUGGCCCAACGUAGGGACCUUCCAGCUGACCCGACCUAUCCCUAAUGCCAACUCUGUGGUCAGUCUACUGGGCUACUCUGGGACAUUCAGCUAUACAAAAGCUGCAGGUCAAGGCAUCAACAUCAACAUUCCGGCCAUUCCUGCAAACGCUAUGCCGUGCAAGUGGGCAUGGGUGUUCAAGAUCACCAAUGUUCAAAACUAAACCUCAUGAAAUUUUCAUACUUUGAGAGACUUAACAUAAGUACCUAGUACACGUUUGUUUGUUUGUUUGUUUGUUUGUUUUUUCUGUGUUUUUUGUUCUUUUAUCUGAAAAAGAGGUUUAAUGGUGAAUUAACAUAUUGUAUAAAUACCUUUCAUUUCAACAAGGAACGUCUGUCUUGCAAUAAAUGAUAUAUGUAACCUAA